CCUACAUGUGCAACAAAUACUCGUUCCUCUGUGCAGAGUCUUUCGCAUAUUCUUCUUCUUCUUCCUCCUCCUCUUCUUCUUCUUCUUCUUCUUCUUUUUCAUCUGAUACACAAACCUGUUGUUCUUUCUCGCAAGAUGGGAGUUCAACGGCAUGAAGAACCUUCUGAAGACAGCGAGCCUGCUGAAAGUGCUUGUGCUAGCAGUUCUUUGAACCAAGGUGCUCUUGCCAGUGAGUCUGCGAACAGCAAUCUGAUUGUAAAUACCGAAAGUAGUGAUGUUAAUGAGCCGGAUGAUGUUUCUUGUAAGAAAAGUAAUACACCACAUAUCUAUAGACAAGAUGUUGUGAAAAAUAAUAUCAGUGGCAUGAUUGGGAUUGUUACAGAAGUUGCGGGUGAUUCAGAUUCGGAUUCAGAUAGUAGCAUCACUGACAAUGAGAAUGAUAGUGAGGAUGAGGAUGGUGACGGUGAGGAAGGCAAUGACAGUAAUAACGCUAGCAGAAAUUCUGAAAGUAAUGGUGCUGCUGGGCAUUGUAAAACUGAUGCUCUUCUGGCUGACCAGCUGCGUGUACUGUGGAUGGAUGAAUCUGAAUCUACUCAAAAUUUUAGUGAUGUUGAAGUUGUUGAUCGUGGGUUUUUACAUGGGGAUUUUGUUGCCGCUGCUUCAGAUCCUACUGGGCAAGUUGGUGUAGUGGUUGAUGUCAAUAUGUGUGUGGAUCUGUUGGCCUAUGAUGGGUCUAUAAUAAAAGAUGUCUCAUCAAAAAACUUGAAGCGUAUUAGGGAUUUCACUGUUGGUGAUUAUGUGGUGCUUGGGCCCUGGCUUGGCAGAAUUGAUGACGUUUUGGAUAAUGUAACCGUCUUAUUUGAUGAUGGUUCAGUUUGUAAAGUCUCGAAAGCAGAUCCAUUGAAUCUUAAACCAAUUUCUAAGAAUAUUCUUGAAGAUGGGCAUUUUCCUUAUUACCCAGGGCAACGUGUAAGGGCCAGCUCCUCAUCAGUUUUCAAGAAUUCAAGAUGGCUGUCUGGCUUGUGGAAAGCUAAUAGGUUAGAAGGUACAGUCACUAAGGUUACUGUUGGAUCAGUGUUUGUUUAUUGGAUAGCAUCUGCAGGUUAUGGGCCAUAUUCUUCUACUGCCCCAGCUGAGGAGCAGAGCCCAAAAAACUUAAAAUUGUUGUCUUGUUUUGCUCAUGCAAAUUGGCAAUUGGGUGAUUGGUGUCUCUUACCCUCAUCAGUACUGUCAUCCUCAGUUUCCAUGGACAAAGGCGUAUCAAAAUUGGAACUUAAGGAUUCUACUAACACUGAAUUGGAUUCUAAUCAGACAGGAAGUGGAUGUGAUUCAGAAGAAACUGCAGUUGAGGAAACAAAUGGAAAUAAGGAUACUAUGGACCUUGAUCCAGUUGAUGCUUUGGAAGGGAAUGAUGGAAAUGAUAAGAAUAAUCCUUCACGUGAUUCUAGCUCAUGUGGUAGUUCUAUCUCUGUAUCAAAGGAACCUGUUCAUGAAGCUUGGCCUCUUCACCGCAAGAAAAUUAGGAAAGUUGUAAUCAGGAAAGAGAAAAGGGCUCGAAAGAAAGAGGAAAGUUUUGAGAAAGCUCUUUUGAUUACCAACACAAGGACAAGAGUUGAUGUUGCAUGGCAGGAUGGAAAAAUAGAGCGUGAACUAAAUUCUACAAGUUUAAUUCCUAUAGAUAAUCCUGGUGAUCAUGAAUUCGUUUCAGAACAAUAUGUGGUAGAGAAGACUUCUGAUGAUGGCGAGGAUAUGUCUGAAGCUAGGCGAGUUGGGGUAGUGAGAAGUGUUAAUGCCAAGGAGCGCACAGCUAGUGUGAGGUGGUUAAAAAAGGUUGACAGAGCAGAAGAUCCUCGAGAGUUUGACAACGAAGAAGUUGUAAGUGUGUAUGAGCUAGAGGGCCAUCCAGAUUAUGAUUACUGCUAUGGGGAUGUGGUUGUCCGCCUGUCACCUGUGUCUGUCUGUUUAGAAACAGCUUCUGUUGGAGAGUCCACUGAGAAAUCAAAGCAGAAAAGUGAAGAGAGUGGGAUUAAAAAGGAACUAAAAAUCCAAACUGGUGCUAGUAAAAUAGAAAAUGUAUCCGAUGAUAUUUCUGUGCAAUUUUCUGACCUCUCUUGGGUUGGAAAUAUAACUGGCCUUAAGAAUGGUGAUAUUGAAGUUACAUGGGCUGAUGGAAUGGUGUCAACGGUUGGACCCCAAGCAAUCUAUGUGGUUGGUCGAGACGAUGAUGAUGAAUCAAUUGCUGCUGGGAGUGAAAUAAGUGAUGCUGCAAGCUGGGAAACUGUUAAUGAUGAUGAAAUGGAAGUCCUUGAGGAUUCCAGAGAGGAUAUUGAGAGGGAAAAUUCAAGCAGUGUUACUUCUGAGGUAGAAGAAGUUGGAGAGAAUGAUUUUGGUAGGGCUGCAGCACUUUCAGUUCCCCUGGCAGCAUUUCGAUUUGUCACUAGACUUGCCAGUGAAAUAUUCUCAAGGGGCCAAAGGAAUGUAGAUCCUAUUAACUCAGAGUCAAAAGGUGAAACUGAGCAUCCAUCUCCAGCAGUUAAUGACGAGUCUAGUUCACAGAAACACAUUGCUAUUGAUGAUGAUAAUUCAGACAAUACAAACGAAAGAUAUGAGGAGGUUGUUUCAGAAGCAACUGAAACUCUGGAAGCAUGUGUGGCACUCUGUAGCUUGAGAAAUGAAGAUGCUCCAGCAAGUUGCGAUAAUGACACUUGCAGUUUGAAACAUUUUGACAUAACUAAAGAUCCAACAGACCACUAUUUUAUUGGUGCAAAUGGACAGAGUAACAACCGGAAAUGGUUUAAGAAAGUGCAACAAGAUUGGAACAUACUGCAGAAUAACCUUCCUGAGGAAAUCUUUGUACGAGUUUAUGAAGAUAGAAUGGAUCUCUUGAGAGCAGUUAUUGUAGGGCCAUAUGGAACCCCUUACCAAGAUGGGCUCUUUUUCUUUGAUUUUCACCUUCCGCCAGAAUACCCCGAUGUUCCACCGUCAGCAUACUAUCAUUCUGGUGGUUGGCGAAUUAACCCUAAUCUGUAUGAGGAAGGGAAGGUUUGCCUUAGCCUUCUAAAUACAUGGACAGGCAGAGGAAAUGAAGUAUGGGAUCCAAAAUCUUCUAGCAUCCUUCAAGUCCUAGUUUCACUGCAAGGUUUAGUGCUCAAUUCUAAGCCUUACUUCAACGAAGCUGGGUAUGAUAAGCAGGUUGGAACAGCAGAAGGAGAGAAGAACUCAUUGUCGUACAAUGAGAAUACCUUUUUACUUAACUGCAAGACCAUGAUGUAUCUUAUGAGGAGACCCCCCAAGGAUUUUGAUGUGCUCAUCAAAGAACAUUUUAGGAGGCGGGGUCAUAACAUCCUUAAGGCUUGUGAUGCAUAUAUGAAAGGUUACUUGAUUGGCUCACUGACUAGAGAUGCCUCUGUAAGUGAGAAGAGCAGUGAGAAUUCAACCUCUGUGGGUUUCAAGUUGAUGUUAGCCAAGAUAGUGCCAAAGCUUUUUUUAUCACUAAGUGAGGUUGGAGCUGAUUGCGAGGAAUUUAAGCAUCUGAAAGAUUUGUAGCGAAGUUAUGGUGAUACAUUACUUCCUUAAAGCCAACUGGGUCUGCUCCUGCCCAAAUUUAAAAUUUGAAGGAGCUUGAAGGAACAGAAUCAAUGGGACUUAUGUUACACUGAGAAAAGCAGCCACUGACAGAGCAGGUUGAAUGUCCAUUUGAUUUUUGGUCACCUAAAGUGGAGAGGCAAUGUGGGUUACUAACUUGUACGCUGUUUCCUAUUUCUUAUUUUUUAUUUGUUCAAUAUGUGGGGAUUAUCCGAGCCCAAUGGUGUCGUGUGAUCCAACAGCCAUGCUCUCAUAGUGAGAUAAGGCUUUCAUUGUUGUUGUUCUAUAUCUGGGGAUAGGGUGGGAGUCGGAGUUGGAUUUCACAGGCAUUUGAAAGAGUUUGGUUGUCUUGCAUUGAUUGAUUUACCUUCUUUUUCUAAAGAAACGAUGAAUUGAAUAUAAUUGGAGAAUCACUCCCUGCGGUCCCCCCCUUCACCUUCUCUUCUAUUACAUUUUUGCUUUUAGUGUUGCUGAAUCUAGUGUUGUUUAAGUUGCAACCUUUUUCUUUCUGUGACGCCUUACCAUGUCUCAUGGGAUUUUAUCUUUUACUAUUAAUUCCAAUUUUCCAUUACUAUUUA